UCGUGGAUACGCGCGCUCAAGUCGAUCGUCUUCAUUCUUUCCACUGUGUGCCGAAAGCAGCAGAUAGCACGACUGAAACGUGUUCGUACUUGCAAUUUCGUACAAAGUUAAGUUUGAAGGAAUCGAAGAUGCCUAAAUCAAAGGAAACCAUUUCUACCAGCGAAAGCGGCAGUGAGAGCGAGGAGGAAGUCAAACAGAAGAGCAUGCCAGCAAGCAAAAAACGACAACUGCAAGAGAAAGAGAAAGAGAAGAAAAAGAAGAAGCCAAAAUCUGAAUCCGAGUCAGAAGCCAGUGAAGCAUCCGAAGCAUCUGAUUCUGAAGAAGAAGCAAAAUCUAAGAAGCGUCCAAAGAAGACCAACAACAAGGCUCCAGCUAAAAAAGCCAAAACCAAUGAUGAUGGAGAAACUAGUUGGGAAUUAGGAAAUAUGAAGUUUGUCACCAUUCGUACUUUCAAAGGAAAAUUGUUAGUGGACAUUAGAGAAAAGUACAUGGACAAGAACAGUGGAGAUUUGAAACCUGGCAAAAAAGGUAUAUCUUUGAAUGUUGAAAACUGGAAACAGUUUUACGAUAUUGUUGAGGAAGUUAAUGAAGCUGUUAAGUCUCAGUAAUUGUUGGGAUUUUAUCAUUUUCCUUGUAUAAAAAGAGAACUCAAACUUUUGUAUUUUAUUUUCUUAUAAAAAUGUUUCUUUGUAAAAAAAUAAAAAAGUCCUUAUGAGAAA